AUCACUUCACCGGACCGGCACAAAACGCAGGCGCGUCUCCCGGCCGAUCCGACGCAACACGACGUCGUCGCCGACAUCCAGCACUGCGACGGACUGGCCGACAAAGAACCGCGAGGGCGCAGCCUCCGGAGGGACGCGCAAUCACACUGCGAGCGAUCCCCCGGGCUCUCCUCAUUCCGACUAGACUGCCGAGGAAUAAAUUCUGGCAGGAUUCCGCGCGCGCGGACUGCUCUUCAAACCCCGGUGACGGCGACGAGUGAAUCGGCAGACAGCGUGUGCAUGUGUGUGUGUGCGUGCGUGCGCGUGAGAUUUCGUUUGGUGGCUACGACGAGGAGAGCUCUAGUACGCCCCCGGCUCCAACCCCAGGUGUGCGCGAACGUGGAACUUCUCCGUCGAUAGCUGCCGCCCGUGGUCCCGUGUGGUGCCCGCUCAAGCGCACGAAGAAGCGGCGAAGAGCGGCGUCCACGUGCGCGCGGUGCCGACGAGGGGUCCGGCGCGCCGUCCGCCCGGAGGCUUCGCAGGAGUCCCGGGCCAUGCUGCCGGCCUAACGCGGGGCCAUGGCCCGGGACGCAGAGGAGCCCGCGGCCCGGCGCCGAGCCCGCCGGCUGCUCUUCUCCCUCGCCCUGCUCCAGGGGCUCGGGUGCGCGCUGGGCUUCAGCGCCAGCAUGAUCUGCCAGCGCAUCCCGGGCCUGACGUCGGCGCAGCGGAGGCUGUGCACAUCCCGGCCGGACGCCAUGGUGGCCAUCGGCGAAGGGGCCCUGCUCGGGAUGGCCGAGUGCCGGCGCCAGUUCAGGCACCGGCGCUGGAACUGCACCGACACUGGAGCCUCGGAAGCCGGCUUCGGGCACGUCUUCGCCAUAGGUGGGCGGCCGAAAGGAAGCCGUGAAGCGGCGUUUGUGUACGCUGUCAGCUCGGCGGCCGUCACGUACGCGGUGACCCGAGCCUGCACUCGGGGCAACCUGGGCCAGUGCGGCUGCGACCGGAGCAGACAACAACAGCAGCAGCAGCAGCAGCAGACUGCCGAGCCCCGGGCGGAGCCGACCGGUGCUGCGGAGCCCGCUGCUUCGGCCCCGGCGGACGACUCGUGGAAAUGGGGCGGCUGCAGCGCCCACGUGAAGCACGGCAUGCGCCUGGCCCGCCGCUUCCUCGACGCCAGGGAAGUGGAGGCCGACGAGCGCUCCCUCAUGAACCUGCAUAACAACCGCGCGGGAAGAAAGGCGGUCAAGUUCGGCCUGCUGACCGAGUGCAAAUGCCACGGCGUGUCCGGAUCGUGCACCAUGAAGACGUGCUGGAAGAGCCUGCCGGCCUUCUCCCAGGUGGGCGCCUACCUGGUGCAGCGCUACCAGCGCGCACGACGCGCCGCGCCCUUCUACGGCCGGAGCCGGCCGCACGAGCCCUCGACGCUCCGCCGACGCCCGGCCUACCUGCGGCUGCGCAAGGGCCGCGGGCCCCGCACUCCGGGCGCCGGACGUCCGGCGGCGCACGGUGUGGCGAGGCCCAAGCCGCGGGACCUGGUGUACCUGCACGAGUCGCCCAGCUACUGCGAGCGGGACCCCGGUCGGGGCUCGGCGGGCACCGUGGGCCGACUCUGCAAUCGGACUUCGACGGGUUCCGACGGCUGCCGGCUGCUGUGCUGCGGGCGCGGCUACGACACGCACCGGCGGACCCGGGUGUGGCAGUGCCAAUGCAAGUUCCACUGGUGCUGCUUCGUGCGGUGUCAGACGUGCAGCGAGCGCACGGAAGAACACACCUGCAAGUGAACGAGGCCGCGCGAUGGACAGCCAUCGCUCGAUGCUAUCGGACCAUGCAGGCACGUCCUCGUGAGCUCUGGUGACCCGUGCCUCAGGCGACUCCCUACGGUGGAGGUCAUUCUUGCUCGCGCGUACACUGCGCGGACUUAGGGAUACUGCCUUCGAAGUAGAAACGUUGCAGUCUCUGAUGAGUGGCGUUUUGCACGAAGAGAUGAACUGUCACGUGGUGUUUCGAACCCACGAAUUCCUAGAAUGAUUGUUGCGAGAGGUCGCCUCUGCUGACAUCCUCAUGCGUCGGAUCGUGGAAACGGCUGGCCGCGACGCCGAAUAAUUGAUUAUGGGCCACAGUGUGCGCGACCGCUGGAUGCUACUUGCGUAUCAAACACCGACGGGUAGACCAGCAGACCGCCACAAUAAAGAGCUUCCGGCCGGUGUCA